UGACUUUGAGAGACAGCUGAUAUAGCCAAUCUCUUUACAAUAUUUUUGGUCUCGAACCUGCCCGCUCCAAUCAGUGAAAGAAUACAGUAGACUGACGCCCUAUUUUGCUGCUUCACCGUAAUCGGAAGGAUUGGUUGCUAACAAUUUCAGGACAAUAAACUGCUGUGGAGAACGCGGUUUGGCUGGAGUUGAUCCACAGAGAGGAGCCUGUUCGCAUUUCACUGCUGGUGCAAGACAAUGGAGACAGAAAUCGAGCAGCAGGAAGAAGAGACCACUUUCAGCAACACUGACACUAACGGUAAACGACCUGCUGAGGACAUGGAGGAGGAGCAGGCCUUCAAGCGCUCUCGCAACACUGACGAGAUGGUGGAGCUGCGGGUACUGCUGCAGAGCAAAAAUGCUGGAGCUGUUAUCGGAAAGGGUGGCAAGAAUAUAAAAGCCUUGCGCACAGACUACAAUGCCAGUGUAUCAGUCCCUGACAGCAGUGGCCCAGAGCGGAUCCUGAGUGUGAGUGCAGAUAUCGAGACUAUCGGAGAGAUACUGCUGAAGAUGAUCCCUACUCUGGAAGAGUACCAGCAUUAUAACGGGAUUGAUUUUGACUGCGAGCUGCGUUUGCUGAUCCAUCAGAGUUUGGCCGGAGGCAUCAUUGGGGUGAAAGGUACCAAGAUAAAGGAGUUAAGAGAGAACACCCAGACUACCAUCAAGCUGUUCCAGGAGUGCUGUCCUCACUCCACUGACCGUGUUGUUCUGGUUGGAGGAAAGCCAGACCGUGUCGUCGAUUGCAUCAAAGUUAUCCUGGAGUUGGUAUCUGAGGCUCCCAUCAAAGGGCGCGCCCAGCCUUACGACCCCAACUUCUACGACGAGACAUACGACUACGGCGGCUUCACCAUGAUGUUCGAGGAGCGGGGCCGUCGGCCCAUGGGGGGGUUCCCCAUACGGGGCCGGGGGGGCUUUGAGCGCAUGCCCCCUGGCCGUGGGGCCCGACCCAUGCCUCCCUCCAGACGGGACUAUGACGACAUGAGCCCUCGCCGGGGUCCACCCCCUCCCCUGCCAACCAGAGGAGGGCGUGGAGGGAGCCGGGCUCGAAACCUGCCCCUCCCCCUACCACCACCCUCAAGAGGAGGAGGGGACCGGUUCUCUCAUCAGAGCUAUCACGGCAACAUGGACGACAGACCUAACAGUGACAGAAGAGGAAGACCAGGAGACCGCUACGACAGCAUGAGUGGUGGAUACGGUGACAACAAUUCCUCGUGGGAGCCCUUUCAGUCUGGUGGCCGAGGGUCAUACAGUGACAUCGGCGGUCCCGUCAUCACGACUCAAGUUACCAUCCCCAAGGAUCUGGCCGGCUCCAUCAUUGGGAAGGGCGGACAGCGAAUCAAGCAGAUCCGUCACGAGUCGGGAGCGUCUAUCAAGAUCGACGAGCCACUAGAGGGCUCAGAGGACCGCAUCAUCACCAUCAAUGGAACACAGGACCAGAUUCAGAACGCCCAGUAUCUACUGCAGAACAGUGUGAAGCAGUACUCUGGUCGGUUCUUCUAAAGCGGGAAGAGGAGUGAAGGGGAGCCAAUCUGCCAUGCCCAUUCGCGCUCUCUAUUCAGAGCCAACAUUCCUCUGCUUUGGGUAGUUGUGUGCCUCCCCCCCGUCAUCUAACACGUCUUAAUACGUUUGGAAAUUCUCUCAAAGCUGCCCCCCCCGUCCCCGUCCCCCCCGUCAUCUAACACCAUAUUUUAAUAAGAAGUUAGGAAAUUCUCUCAAAGCUGUCGAAUGAGUGGAUCCCUGUUUUUUUUGUGCUGCUUGUGUUUUGGGGGUUUUCUUUCUGGAUUAUUUUGCUGUUCUGUACUUGUAGUAAACUAACCUGUCUGUGUUCACGCUCGGCCUCCCCUGAGCCGCUCCCCCUCCCACUCAGUACAGAAUGCAGAAUGUAAUCUUGUUUUAUAAGGAACAUUUAAUGAUUUAAUAACAAUAAUACAUUUAGUUUAUUUUAGCAUACC